CCGCCACCUCAUCCCCUGCUUCGCCUCGCUCGCGCUUGCUCUACGCUACCACUAGAGCACCAGCUGCCUUCCCCUCCUCCGCUUGUCAACUCUCUUGUUCUUGCUCCUCUCUCUCUCUCCUUCCUCGCACCUUUCGCUCUUUCUCUCUAAAAUAGUUGAUCUUUUACGAGGGUUCUGGUGACCCCUUUCUGGAAGUUACUGGGUUUCUGGCGCCGCGCCGUCCCCUGCAUAGGGUUCGGGGGUCGCCGAGCCGGCGGAUCUGAGGAGCCACCGCGGUCGCUUGCGUCCGGUUCCUUGUAAACUUAAUUUGUCUGGAAACACGGUGAGGAAAGGUUUGUUGGCAGCAUAACUGCUUCUAAAGCUGGUUGAAGUUUGCCAAUAGAAAAGAUCAUGGGUGCUCUCUGUGAUUUCUGCGGGGAGCAGAGGUCCAUGGUUUACUGCCGAUCAGAUGCAGCAUCCUUGUGCUUAUCAUGUGAUCGUAAUGUGCAUUCAGCUAAUGCUCUUUCUCGGCGCCAUACAAGGACCCUUCUUUGUGAUCGGUGUGCUUCACAGCCUGCCAUGGUCCACUGUCUAGUAGAGAAUGCCUCACUUUGCCAAAAUUGUGAUUGGAAUGGCCAUAGUGCUGGAUCCUCAGCUGCUGGACACAAAAGGCAGACUAUAAAUUGCUAUUCAGGGUGCCCGUCAUCUGCAGAACUUUCAAGAAUCUGGUCUUUCGUUUCAGAUAUUCCUAAUGUAGCUCCUGAGCCAAACUGUGAGGAAGGAAUAAGCAUGAUGAGCAUCAGUGACAGUGGUGUCAGUAAUCAAGACAAUGCUGCAGGGGACAAUAGUUUGUUAGAUAUAGCUAGUGCAACGCUUAUGAGUGAUCUUGAUACCUGUGACAGGCUUAAGUCUCUGGUAGGCUCAUCUUCAGGAGCUGGUGUGAACCUUCUUCCGCUUGCUACUGAUCAGACAGCUGGAUCCAUGUAUUCAACAACACCUAAGGUGGUGCCCUAUACGCCAGACAAAGAUAUGUUCAGCAAGGAUAGCAUAUAUGAAGAUUUUUGUGUGGAUGAUGUUGAUCUGGCUUUUGAAAAUUAUGAAGAACUAUUUGGCACCUCUCAUAUUCAAACAGAGCAGCUUUUUGACGAUGCUGGAAUUGACAGCUACUUUGAAAUGAGGGAAGCAUGGGCUGGGAAUGCUGAUGAGCAGCCCAAGCCGAAGCAGCCUGCAACUAGCAAUGCAGUAUCUGCUGACUCUGGGAUGUCGAACCCAGGAGUGAAAGGUGAUUCCAGUGUUUGUAUCCCUGCGAGGCAUGCUAGGUCCAGUCUCUCUCUUUCCUUUUCUGGUUUGACUGGUGAGAGCAGCGCUGGAGAUCAUCAAGAUUGUGUGGUAUCAUCAUUGCUCCUUAUGGGUGAGCCUCCUUGGCAUCCUCCUGGUCCUGAGGGCUCAUUUGCCGGAGCUAGCAGAGACAGUGCUAUCUCACGAUACAAGGAGAAGAAGAAGAGAAGAAAAUUCGACAAGAAGAUCAGGUAUGCUUCUCGCAAGGCUAGGGCAGAUGUGAGAAAGAGGGUCAAGGGACGGUUUGUUAAGGCUGGUGAAGCAUACGACUAUGAUCCGCUCUCCCAAACAAGGAGUUACUGAAGGAUAUGACCUUUGUCCAGUGUUAGAUUAGCAAACUUAAACCAAGGCUCGUUGUAGUCGGCAAAAAAGCACCAACUCUCCAAGCUAUUGGGUAAGACUGCACCUUCAAACGAAAAAAAAACAGAAGCAAUCAGUGAGACAAAAAGGACAAAAAGAUUUGAAUGUUUCACAAGUUUUCGAUGCCGUUCCUCCUUUUCCUUGUGUACAGUGGAUGGAACUCGCAUCUUCCGUUGCUUUGUUGGAGCGAUUUGAGUCACUCCACCUUUUGUGAAUUAGUCCAAUACGACUAAGCAGACUUGCAUUUUGAUCUCCUAUCUACGGACUAUGUAGCGUCCACCUACGCUUGCUGUGGUAUUUUUGGCGCUGUUCUUCCAGAUUAGAUAAAGAUGGCUGUAGAGUGGCCAGUGAAAUUUCCUGCUGUAUUUAUUAUUAUGUAAAAAUUGCUGGAAUCAUGAGUGUUUCUGCUAUUAUGAAUGUGUAAAUACCAGGUCGGAGACAAACUGGUGAUUAGUUUGACCAA